UAAAUAAAUAAAAUAAAUAAAAUGUGGGUUACAACAGAGUUAAAACACAUCACCAUAAAAUACAUAUAUAAAACACAUAAAAUAUGUAGUACAAAGGUUGAAAUACAAUACAAAUAGAAUGUAAAUGUGUUGUCAAAGGCUUUCAUCACUGGAAUCUCCGGUAUGUUGUCAGUUUUUCAGGUUGUAUGGCCAUGUUCCAGAGGCUUUCUCUCCUGACGUUUCACCCACAUCUAUGGCAGGCAUCUACAGAGGUUUAUAGUUUGACUGGGUAGGCCUGCCAAAAGAGAUAGGUCUUCAAUUGUGUCUUGAAUUCUGACAGCUCACUAACAUUUCAUACAUACUGAUUUGGAUCCACUUUGAGGAAAUCAGUUUACAUCAGAGAAGGCACCAGUCUAAUCUUCUCACUGAAAUGUAUAGCACUGAGGUAGGGUGGGCCAGUAACCUGAAAUUCACUCUCUGUCUAAGGUUUUCAUCUUUCCCUCAUUUUGAGGCUGUUUACAGUAAUAAUUUUAAGAGCCACAGCAUGUUGUAAAAACAGGAUGUCAACUUGUGUCAAGAAAGAUCGAAGGAGGUUUUGAGGUUUUGAUUUUUAUCACAGGAGACUCUGCCUACGCAUUCUUUCUCUGCACCUUUGUCUACAUUGCAUUCACAGAAGAGAAAGAGAGAAAUGGCAGCAACGGAGACACCACUAUAUUCAAAAGUCUCAAACAAGCACAGAAAUAGAAAUAGCCAGUCUUUACUGGAGCCACUCUUGAUGAAUGGAUUCUCUCUACAUAUAGCGCUAAAAGCUUUGGCAGCUACUGGGCAAACGUCAGUAGAAGAUGCAACUAAAUGGUUGCAUUCUCACUGCAAUGAUCCCUCUUUAGAAGAUCCUAUCCCACAAGAAUACGCCCUUUAUUUGUGCCCAACAGGAUCACUGAAUGACAUACUAGUAGAGUUUUGGAGAGAAAGCAAACAGCAGUGUGGAAAAAACAGAGCCCAUGAGAUUUUCCCACAUAUCACCCUUUGUGAAUUCUUUACGUGCGAAGAUCAAAAGGUUGAAAGCUUAUAUGAAGCCUUAAAGAGAGCAGGCGACCGUUUUUGCAGCUGCUUCCCCACCAUCAUCUCCCUCUCACUUCAUUCCUCCAGCUCCUACAUUGGCUUUUUCCUUAGUGAUGGUCCUGCAAAUAUCCUCAAAUCAUUUGCUGCAGCUUUUGCCACAGAGGCUAUGGCUUUCGCAGACUGUUCUGUUAAACCUUCCACUAAGCAGCUACAUCUAACAUUGGCCAACAAAUUUUGUCCUCACCAUCAAAAGACUUUGGAACAACUGGCUAAAUCUAUCAAUCCAAAGCAAAGCUGCCAUUGGGUAGCAGCUUUGUAUUCAAGAGACAUGCGGUUCGUCCAUUACCAGGUUUUGAGAGCUUUGUUCCAGUAUAAACCUCAAAACAUUGAUGAGCUGAUGCUAGGUGCUGGAGAUCUUAUAUAUGUUGACCAAGUACAAUCAGCAGAUCCUUGCAAUGGCUGGGUGAUAGGUAUCUCCCACCGAACUGGAUGCCGGGGAUUUCUUCCUGAGAAUUACACAGAGAAAGCCAAUGAGUCAGAUACCUGGGUAAAACACAGAGAAUAUGUUUUUACUCUAGCUCAUGGACAAUCUCUCAAGAAUCAAACUGGACCAUGCAUUAAACAGAAGAACCCAAGUCCAAUGCCAAGGAAUGUAGCCAAAAUGUGUACUCCUCAGAGUUCUGGGAAAAGCCCAUCCCAAAGAGGCCUUUUAGUGAUCCGCCAUGGAGAAAGGGUAGACGAGGUGUUUGGGAAGUCUUGGCUACAGCAGUGUUUUGCUUCAGAUAGAAAAUACUGUCGAGCAGACCUAAAUUUCCCAUCCAGUCUACCCAACCGAAAAGAUAGUAUCAUAGCCUUUGAACAUGACCCUCCUUUAUCAUCCUGUGGUAUAUUCCAGUCUAAACUAAUAGGUGAAGCUCUGCUAGAGAAGGAAGUGAUGGUUUGCUGUGUAUAUUCUUCUCCAGCACUACGUUGCAUCCAGACAGCCCAGCAUGUAUUGGAAGGGCUUCAGUUGGAGAAAAAAAUUAAGAUUUGUAUUGAACCUGGACUUUUUGAAUGGACUAAGUGGGAGGCAAACACAACAGUUCCCUCUUUUAUGACAGAAAGAGAACUGACAGAGAUCAAUUAUAGUAUAGAUACUACAUACAGAUGUAAUUUUCCUCUUUCUUCUCUGAUGCCAUCAGAAGGAUAUGAUGACUUCAUUAACAGAUGCUCUGCAAGUAUAAAGCAGAUCAUUGGCUCCUGUACAACUGAAGGCAUCAUCCUACUUGUUGGUCAUGGCUCAUCUCUGGAUACCUUCACUCGGCCAUUAUUGGGUCUUCCUGCCAGGAACAGCAGCAAUUUUCCACAGUUUGUCCGAAAGAUACCAUCACUGGGAAUGUGUUUCUGUGAAGAGCUUACACAGGAAGGAAAAUGGCAGAUGGCUAAUCCACCGGUCAAGAUGCUAACCCAUGGAGCCAAUGUUACAUUUAAUUGGAAACACGUCUUUCUGGACCAUUAAGCAAUGUGUCAAGUGUUUAGAAGAGCAGGUUUACCAUACAGCUCAGGCAUAUUUCAUUUUGAAAUUAAAUGUAUGAUUUUCCUACCUCCACCACACACCAGCAAACUAUGUUUUAUUCAGAGUUGUUCCCACCCGCUGUCCUCUCCUGCUUUCUUUGUGAAAAGAAACACCUCCGCUCCUGGACUACGAUUUUUGUUCCUGGGUUAUAAAAGUCAUUUCCUAAUUGUUCUAUCAUAAACACAUGGGAAAUAUUUAUUAAACUGCAAAAACUUUGUCUUUGCAGGAGGGACAUCCUGCUAUAUCA